CUGAGGCAUUGACUUUUCAAGAUCAAAUUUAUGAUCCGUAAAAGAAUAUUCGUUCGGUUCCCACAAACUAUCUCAUAUGAUAUCUUGAGUCUUGAUGAUGAACAGUGCUGCUGAAUCCAUACCUGGACACUCAAAGAGAGAAAGAUGAGUAGAGUGAUUCUAUACGCAUUCGUGUUGCUUCUAGCUUGCCUCUCCCUACCACGUUUUGUAGAAUCUUCCGGCAGAUGCAAAGCUUGGCUAGUUCAGUCCAUCCCCACGGACAUGCCUGAGCUUCCUCUCAUCUCUGGUGUACUUUCUACAGGCGAUGUGUUUCAGUGGCUUGCAAACAAUUCAACAAGAUCACUUGACAUCAUAGCACAGUACUGGCAGCUUCUUGCUAAUCCAAAAGAUCCUCGCACUGGCGAUUUCGGUUACUCGGAUUCAGAUUUGCAGCAAUUUGGAGCUCAUCUUGGUUCUCUAGUUUACAAAUCCAUCGACAAUGCUGCUAACCGCAACGUUAGUAUCAGACUAUUAUCUCAUUCAGGAGUAUAUCCAGAAUAUACCAAAGAACCAUCUGAUCUUGCUUAUGGAAGACCAAACGUGAAGAAUGUGACUUUGCUACUAAGCAAGUGGUACGGCUCAGGGAUUGUUCAUGCCAAGGUUUGGAUUUCAGAUGAUCGCGACGUGUAUAUCGGAUCAGCCAACAAUGACUGGAAAUCUCUAACUCAGGUCAAAGAGGUUGGCAUCUACUUAAGUGGAUGUUCACGAAUUGCUAGAAAGAUCAAAACUUAUUUCGAUAACUUGUGGAGAUUAGCCUCUCUUGACUCUUCAGUUCACACGAGAAAUGUAUCUGACCAACAAUGGCUGAUUAAUAGAACUGUUCCUUGCUGGUCACGUUUUAUACCUAACAAAGCAAGAUGCAAGUCACCUCUUCCAAGUUACAUAGAGACACCAAAUGUUCAACCUGGUUAUCCUCCACUAUCUGAUCCUGAGAUGUUCAAUAUCGACAUCGAAACUCUCCCUAGAAACCACUCUUGUCAAGAAAAGCAACAGAGUUAUCUAUCUUUUGCACCACCAGAGCUUUUGUUUGGAAGCCAUCAAUCUGAUGAACAAGGAUGGGUAGAUACAAUUAAAUCUGUAGUGAAAGGAGGAACAAUUAGGAUCAAUACAAUGGACUGGCUUGGCCAGUCUCAGUACACUAAUCCUACGGUUUACUGGUCAUCCCUUUCUUCUGCGGUUUCCGAGGUUGUCUUCGCCAAGAAUGCCAGGGUGAAGAUCCUAGUAGCAUAUUGGGGUCAUUUCAUUCAGGCCACUGAUGGUUACUUGAGGUCGCUGCUCUACUCCAAUGUUCUUUGCUCAUCUUCCUCUGUGAAAAGCAAGUGUUUUGGCCAAGUGGAGAUCAGAUACUACAUGGUUCCUGGUUUUAACAUGACAGGACCUGCGGUCAGAAACGGGACUAAAACCGGAAACAUGUUUCCAGAUUACACGAGGGUGAAUCAUGGGAAGUAUGUGGUCAGCGACGUGAGAGCUCACAUAGGAACCAGCAAUCUGGUUUGGGAUUAUUUUUAUGCGACAAGUGGUGUGAGCUUUGGAACAUACAAUACAGAGAUUGUGUUGAAGCUUCAGGAGAUCUUUGAUGCAGAUUGGAACUCUCCAUAUGUAGUUCCAGUUCAAGAAUUUGGACAAGAUGUUUAAAUAUUACUUCUUGCAAAGAAGUCUUCAAUUAAUUUAUAUCAGAUUUCAAACUUAGGGUAUUAUAUUUCAGACAAAUCUUUAGUGACCA